AUAAAUACAUUUACAUAGAUGUUGCAAAAAUCAAGCAAAAGAGAGCAAAGCGAUCGAUAUAUAUAUGUAUUUCAAGUGAUUCCCUGUCCUGGCGAUCCCAAUGCCUAUUUUCACUGCCUUUUGAAAAUCCCUUACCCCAAUCCCAGUUCACUGUAGAUUUUUGUAUUAUGUCAGGCAGCUGCCACUCCCAAUGUUGCUGGACGCCAUCUUCCUGAUACCCACACUAUUCACCUACGGCCUCAUUUUGCUGCUCAUCUGCAUACUGUGCUUCAUUGUGGUCUACAUCAGUCACAAGAUCUACAUCUCCAUCUACGACAAUCUGCCGCUGGCUAGCCAUCACAGCUCCAUGGACACCAUUCGCGGCUACAUCGACUCGCCGGUGCGCUAUCAACGCUCUGUACAGCACGUGGCCAGCUUGGAUCAGCGCUCCAUUUGGCAGCAGAACCGCUCUCAAGGCAACCAGUCGACGACGGUGCGGUUUGCGGUCAAUCUGGAGCCCUGCUAUCUGGUGGCCGUUGAGUUCGACAUGUGUCCCAGCCAUCGUUCCAUCACCUUUAUGUGCAGCUGCGAACACGAGGAGCCAGUCUGUGCCGCGGUCGCACGGCGCCCACCCGACUCCGUACGCAUCAUCCGCUACUAUGACAGACUCCACAAGAUUCCGCGUCUCAAAUUUAUGCUCAGAUGCAACCAGCGCCCAACGCCCAGCAUGCUGCGGGAAGAGAGCAGCAUUCGGAUCACGCUGGACAAUAUCAUGCGGGGACGGAGAAGUUCCCCAGUUCCGGUUACGGACAGUAGGACCGCCUGCCAUCCCCCGAGACCGCAGCAACACAGGCAAUCGAAUGACUGAGGAAUGUGGGGGGUAUCAUGAAGUGGAAGGGAGGCACAUCUGAUGCAUCUAUAAUUAGGUUUUCAUUUUGAUUUUGUGUAGAACUCGUUUCGAGCGCUCGCU